AUGAAGUGCCCAAAUUCCUCUGUGAAUAUGUCAUUGACAUUCAGAAUGUUGAAGAUGAUGGGUUGUGGAUAUAGAUGCAUUGCUUUCUUGAUGGGUAAGGGAGAACAAAAUUGGCGUCAAGUCCGAGAAGACAUGAUAAAGGAGCUUAGAUUACGGCAAGGUGUUUAUCAUGGUAUGUAUGGACCCAACACACAUUACGAAAAAGUACUACAAGCCUUGCAUCUUGCUCCAAAUGAGUUUGCAACGGAGGAGAAGUGGUUAUGCGUUCCGCAUAUGGGCCACAUUGUUGCUACGAUGUACCAGAUUGUGUUCGUGACCUUGUCGAAUCGGGGGGGCGCCACCUACUUCCCUCUCACCGAUCCAGUGCUAAAUCUGUCAGAGCACCAUAUUAUAUGUUUACUCCUUGUCAACAACAACCACUGGGUGAAGGCACUUAUUUCAAGUGACUUUCCUUUGCCAACAGUUACUCCAGAAUGGAUGUAUCAUUGUACUGUUGAAGCUCGUGGUUGGCAACUACCAUACCUGGAUCGCAUGGCCCUAUUCAACGAACUCUCCCGAAAGUUUCUGUUUCUGCUGGAGUUUCUGUUUCUGUUUGUUGCUGUCAAGUUUCUGCAAAUUCUCGCCCUUUAA